AUCAGAGUGUUCUUGAUACAAACGUUUCUAUUCAAUUAUUUAUCAUAGCUGAUUGACUAGCAAAAACUUUGAGGUUUUUAACGAACACCCUACGUCUCUCUUUAUAUCAUGACGCUAAAGUAAACUUUUAUGUCAGAAAAAGGCUUCAUGGCAGCUGUUUUGUGACAUCUUCCGUACAGUGCUUCGAAAUGGAUUAAUAAUAUGACCGGUGGAAACGAAAACUACAGUCCCACUGGAAGCGCUUCAUCUCGAAGGAGCAGUCGAGGAAGCCCAGCUCUGAGUUUACAAGAAAAAAUUGAUCUCAACUUGUUUGUGUUUCCGUUGGAAAAGAAAUACAGGUGUCCAAUUUGCGAAAGCGUUCUUCGAUACCCGGUACAGUUUGAGGAGUGCGGCCACCGAGUGUGUUCGUCGUGCUUUCCCGAACUAGCGAGGUAAGAUAAGUCGUUACAGUGAAAAUAAAUGCAAAGUAGUGAGAAAUCUGGCGUUGCCCUUUUGUUAAAGCAACGUCUGAGGUUUAUUUAGCAGAGAAAGGCACACGGUUUUAAAUUACGCCGAUUUAGUCGAUUUAGGUUUACAAACACGAGCUGAAAUAAAAGCACUUGUCUAGUGAUCAAUUUUUAUUUCAUGAAUACAUGCAACAUUAACAUGAGGAUAAUCCGCGUCUCUCGGAUAUUGCGCAAGGUCCACAUUAAAUCUCAAUUGUGUCAAAUUGAAAAUUUACAAGGGAAUAGGACAGGUGUAGGUUUUUCACUGGCCUGUGAAUGAUUCAUCUUUUAUUUUUUUAUUUAAUAUCUUCAAUAUCUUUUGUAGCCACGUGAAACAAUAAAGUCAUCUAUUCCGUUAUUUUCGGGUCCUGUUUUGUGAGCAUGGAAAUCACCAAACGAGGUGACGAACAAAUACAUUGAUGCUCUUUCAGUGUUUAAGAACCUUUUUAAAGGAAAUGAAUGGGAAUUUUUUUUUUUUAUCUGAGUCUCACAUACACGGCAAUUGAAUGGUUUUAGGAGUGACCCGUGAAAUGCAAACUGAUUUUUCCAACGAAUGAACUUGGCCGCAGACACUUAACAAACAAAGCUUAAAUUUAUGCAAUAGAAGCAAAUUUCUGAAAUUUGCAUUGAAACCAAAAAAAUUGAAUCUGAUUUUGAGUUACGCUCUUCAGUGUUAUUACAGAGUCACUAUGUUUGGUGUUAUUAUUGUUGUUUUUAUAUUUCAGAUUAGAACCACGUUGUCCUGUGGAUCAGAUACCCAUCAACAAAGACGCGGCGAGUUGUACUGAGCUCGUAGAUGUUUAAAUAUUAUGCAGAAAAACUGCUUUAAUUUCUUAAUUUCUUCACCGCAAGGGCCGAGUUGAAAAAAAAAUCUGAAUUAUAGGAAUGUUUUUAGAUCAAGCUUCGAUCUAUGGUUUCAAUUUGAAUGAUCGCACUUUAAUAUUACUUGAGCGGCGGUCAAAAGGCAGAUCAGGCAGCUCACGCAGAGAGUUAGGUAAACAGAACUACAAGUGCAACACGACAGCACUGCCCGGCUAUACCGCCUGCUUCCACUUCAGCUGUCAUUUAAAUAAUUCCAAUUUUGAUUUUCAUAUGCUGAAUAAAAAGAUGAGCUACUCCCUAAACAAUAUAAACAGCACCACAUGAGAGUUGAUUUCAGUAAGAUGGAGUCAAUUUUAAUGAACAUCGGCACGCUUUAUUAAACACUUUAAAAACCGUCAUGCUAUCUUUUUUGUGCCGAGAACGUAAAUGGAGGGCUAUUUGAACCCUUUUACUGAAAUUUUGAUCUUAAUCUUGAAAGCUCCAGUGACAGGAAGAGAAAUAGUGAACAGACUUGUUGUUUUUCUUUCCGAAAAAUUCAAGUUGGUCCAUUUGGCGGCAAAACAAAACGUUUUAUCCCCUACCAGAACAAAAGGUGUAUAACGUACCGGGCGAACUUAGGCACUAUUUUACCACAGAGACCUCUGCAUAUGGAAAUACGAUUUAGCUUAACUACAAGUGUGAUUUCAAAGGCAACCGUAUAGCCUUUCAGACAUAACGAUUACCAUUAUUAUCCACGACACUGAGGUCGGAGAAGUAGAGACCACCAGUAGUAGUUUAUUGCGGGGAUUAUUUACAUAACACCUCUUUAUUUUUGCAGGCAUAUGUUGACAAGGCUUUUAACAACGAGAUCUUAGCACUUGAUGUAAAGUGCAAAAACAGUGAGGAAUUAGGCUGUAAAUGGGAAGGAGAAUUUCAGCAUUACCAGGUGAAAAAUACACAUUUGGUUUGACAAAAAUGCUCCUCUUGCUUCCAAGAACGAAACUAACGAAGCACGAGAACGGCAUAUUACAACAACAAACAAAACUCGACAAAACGCCCAGAGAUUAAAAAAUUAUGGUGGUUUUCAGCAUCCCGCAACGCAAAACGGGAAAAGGCUUGCAAACCAAGCCAGUCUACUACUUUAGGACUUAUCACCCAUAUUUAUUACAGCAAAUGAAUUCUAAAACUUAAAAAAAAAAACAACAGAAAAAAAAAAAACAAAAUCUGAACUAGUUUUACCCUCACGAUGUGGUAUUUGAACGGCUGUUUUUAUAAUUUACCGGAUCCCCAUGGGUUAUGUUGACAGAGUGGAUGUACAGAUUAUUGGCGAUUUUGUACAGGCUCCAUAAACAAUAUUUUCAAUGUGUUGGCAAUACUAAAAAUAGGUGUUAAUGCUUAAUAUAGAUCCCUGCAGCUCUGGAAAUGUACAUAGCACAGUCAUGUCAAUUCAUUGCUUUGUUAUGAAAAACAAUUUUGGGCUAAUGGAUAUCUUUAGUCAAUUUCUCUUCGUUCAGAAGUAAUUUUGGAGAAAGAGGAGAUUAGCAACAGCAACGGUAAAAACAAUAACUAGAGCAUGAUAAAAAGAAAGAACAUUUCCCGAUUUAAUUUUUUAUGUUUAUGAUACAACCCAGUGAAAUUUACAUGUUAAGCACACUGUACAUAAAAAGCGUUUGACAAGGCUCAACUUUGGAAAAAAGAGAGAGAGAUGAAAAAAUAAGCACCUGUCUCUGUCGUCCUUUUAAGGCUUUUUAGGCCGGAACAUCAAUGGAACAUGCACUACGCGUGGGUAGUGAUCCAUCUCUAUUGCACUUUCUGUUGUAUUAUCUUUGUUCAUUCGAAUUUUAAAUCGUUCGAAUUGUUUUCUGAAAUACCCAGCAAGAUCAACCCCUCGAAAAAAUCUGAUCCCAGUGCAGUCGGCGUCAUUAAAAGGCGAAAAAAAUUGUUAUAUACAAAAUUCAAUUUUUAAACCUUUCCGUAAGAAAAUGAGCAUGAGUACCUUUGUCCCUGUAUUUAUUACCUUGUGGAAGAUAAAUCUUAAACGGAAGAUUAUUAAGUUCAUUUGUCAUAAAAGAAAGAGUGAUAUUUGAAGAAACUGUUUCUAAUAUAUAAAAUGCCGGAAGUGUUCCCUCUCAACUUAUAAAUUUUCACUGACUUUUUUCCCUUCUGUUUUCCUUUCUUGUCACUAAUUCAGUGUCAUUUGUCAAGGUUUCGGUAACCAUCGUUAAUAAAUAUCUCGGCUAUCAAUCCAAAGCUUUGCCGAGCAUUGUUUCACUCGCAUGUUCAAAUAAAAACUUUAAGAAGUUUACUCUGUUUAAUGAAAAUGCGGUUUUUUUAAGCUGGCACGUCGGAUAGGAGGGCGUUCGUCACACAAAGAAAGACAUUCAAUGAACAAAUUUGUCAUGAAAUUGAUUCCGUUGAAACCAUCGGGAGAGCGAUACGGGAAUUAAUUCUUGACGUUUUAGCUUAGUUGUCAUGGCACGAGCUAUAGAUAAACAUUUAAUCAAGAUUUUCCGGUGAAAUCCGCAGCAGUGAGCAAAACAAUACGCUUGUUUGCUUAAAAUGUCAAAACUAUCAUCCUUGCUGGGUUUCUUGCACACAAGGCGAAUUUUACGUUAUUUUGCAAAAUUAACUGCAGGAUCAGCUGAAUCAUCUCCAUUUUACAUUGUCCUCAAUACUGGACUUCACUUUAAUCAAUCAGCAUUGUGUCAGCGUUCACUAAACUUAGGGACUCUUUACAUGGAGGGCCACAUGUUUUCUGUAUUCAAUUUACAUUCAAAGGGUUGUACCUGUCCCUAGCGCUAUGAUCUUCCUAGUUACUAGGAUCUUCCUUGCUGAGAGGUAGGAAGAUUCCAGCACCAUGUAAAUUGCUUUCGCUGGGAAGAUCGUAGUACCAGGGACCAACUAGGCAAAGAAGGUGGCGGGUAGUUCAGUGAGUAUAACGAAAGUAAAGGGCGACCAUUUCGUUUGGCGUCACCACGAGCUGAUAAUUGUGAUACUUCUGCUGAAAGGUAGUUACUAACGCCAGUAAAGAGAGCAGAAGGGUCCAAAUUAUAUUUUUGUUAUAGUCGCCAACCAUCUUUAAUUCCCCCUUAGCCUGCCUAGCAAGCGUUUCCGUGCGGUUUAGGAGCAAAGAACGAGGAACGAGAGUCAAAGACCGCGCGAAAAAUGGCGUAAGUAAAAGAGCUGGCUCUUGUUUCAUUUCUCGCGCGGCCAAAACCGAGAAUCCCGUUCCUCGGUCUUUCUUUGCUCCGAAACCAAACGGAAACGCUUGCUACGCAGGCUAAUUCCCCCUUUACUUGGUCACCACAAGGACCGAAAUUUCUUAAGGUAUGCAUGUAAACCCAAUUGAAAGUUGUUCCUCCUUGUAGGAUCUUCCUGGUGCUAGGAUCUUCAGUGGGAGUUGCACGUGAUUCGAAGUUGCAACCAAUAAAAAUCGCACAAAUUUUCGGGACGGGCAUGGGAUACAGGAAAGUUAAAAAAAACAAGGCAAUUUGUGACUCCCAUGAAAAAGAUCGACCGAAUUUAUGACGCUGCCUGACAACGUCAUCCCGCGAAAAAAGCUAACCCUUUUGGCCGAGCCAACAGCGCUUGCGCAUGCUCUGAUUGUCUCGCCUUAGGGGAAUUGACCCGACUGGGCGAGUUAAGCGUUUUUAUGGAGAAAAGUUGGCCUGGCUAGGAGGGUGACCCUAACAUCACCGAAUAGGGUGACCUCGCUUCUAGCAGAGUCAACGUUGGUUUCUCAUGUUAAAGGUUCGCCACAUUUUGCAACGAGAUGUAUGAAACGUUAGCUCGGCCAGGGUAACCUCGGGUGGCCAGGUCACCUGACCUGACCCUUCUCAACGGGACAACUUUUCUCCAUAAAACGGGGCCUUAGUCAUUAACAUUUUUAGCGAGCAGAUCAUGCGCAUAUCAUGUAUUUUUAUCAUCACUGUUAUUCUUUUCAUUGAACAAGGCUUGUCGGUGAAACAAAUCUUUGAACUGUUUUUUAAUCGAAAGGUGAAAUCAAAAACGGUGAAACUAAAAACAACAAAGUGGCGUUAAAAAAUAUAUGUAUAAUAAUGCAGCGGCACUAAGUACGAUAUAAAGAAUGGCGUCACUGCCUUAUUAACAUUUGCCUGUUCCUUCGAUGACACUCAUACAUAAUUCUUCAUAUCAUACUUAGCCUCAUCCAAUAAUUGCUUAUUAUUGCUUAUAGCGUAAAAUGCAAUAACAAGUCACUUGAUAUGAUUUGGCAUCGCUACGCAUACUAACCGUCUAAACGAAUUAUCUACCGAUGUACAGUGUGAAUGUUCUUCUACCUUAUUGUCAUUUAUUUUCGAGAGAGAUUUUGCGCCAGAUCGAUCUCCGUUGAGGAAAAAUUUUCAGCCACAAUAAAACACGUUCUUGUUCGUCCGUAAUAAAGACGGAUCAAUUCAGUUUUCUAUUAAAGUGCCCACCCCCCCUCCUCUCACAUUUUGCCUCGAGUGAGACGCAAAUGUUACCGUUGAGUUAGGGGAGGGGUAGGUGGGCAGCUUCCCAGAAACUUAAGUGAUCCAUAAAGACAAGGGUUUGCGCCCAGAAUGUAAGUGAUGACCUUUGCAGGGAGGUCAAAGCUACAGAAAGAAUUCUGUUACCAUCCAGGAGUGGUACCUCUACUAACAAAAGAGCAGAAAUGAGAAAAAUGUUUCUCCAUUCAUCACUAUAUAGAAAAAAGAAACUAGUUCAAUGUAGGAGGUUGAGGGGCAAUAUCCACCCUUUUGUGUGUUUUGGUUUCAGGAGCAUGUGAAUGUGAAUUGUGAGUACCGAGAAAUCCUUUGCCAGAAUGACUGCGGAGCUAAAUUUCAGAAACGAUUUCUGCAAAAACAUCUGGAUAGAGACUGUCCAAAGAAGAUCAUCGCCUGUCCAUACUGUGACGACCGACACAUGCGAGAAGACAAAAAGGUGAAAUACCUUGUGAUAAAAUGUGUAAAUCUUACGCUUCAAAAGCAAGUGCAAAAGACCUUUUCAGCUUGUAUGUUUUUUUCCCCAAUUCAGACACGUGACGUUCUCCAGGGAAUUUGGCUUUUGUCUUGUCAUAAUGUCUGCAAAAUAUGCAUGUGGUGCACGUUCAUAGGGCAACAUUUUAAAGAAACAGUUCUCUGGGGUACCAUAACGUGGUCUGAAAUAAGAAAACAGAACAUACAGACUGAAAAGGUCUAUACUGAGAGACUAUUUGUCGCAGAAUAAUUUUUGACCCCAACAUCCAAAUUCAAAUUAAAUUCUUAAGACUGUUCUCCACACAUUUCCUUAAGAAUUAGUUGACACUAAUUCACGCGAACUUUCCUCUUAAUCAUGUAAUGAUAUUGUUAGGAGAAAGCUGACUUUGGUCACUCUGUUGAAUCUGCAAUGAGUUGAAGCGCACUUAGCUACUCCGACUACUCCAGCUAGCAUGCAGGCACUGCAUUCCAUUAAUCACAAUGAAAUCAAACAAAUCAAACAUAAAGUCUCAAUAAGUCCCGACUGGUAGUUAGUGUUAAAGAGAGCUAUUGACGAGCUUGACAGAGGAAAUGUACUCGAGACAGCAGAGAAUAUUUUAGUCAGGGUCAGAGCGAAAUUCGUAUCCGGACUAGUGCAUGUGCUCAGUAAAUGUAUUCCAUCAAUUCAGUGAAUUGGUCAAAUAAUUAGUGUUUUCCUUCCACAGGCACAUCUUGCAGAAGAGUGCACGAAAUUACCACUGCCGUGCCCAAACAAAUGCGACAAGACGCUGGAAAUACCACGUGAUGAGGUACGUUUCAGCACAUGGUUCGUUCAGUUGGUAGUAUGCUGGUCACUUCUUUGGGUCGAAGGCUCGAAUCUCGACCGGACCAACACAUAGGGGCUGGCUUGCAAGUGACAAUGGUUUGGAUGAACACGCUGGCCGGUAUCACAGUCCUGUCUCUAGAAGGGGUAGUAAGAAAGUAGAACCUGACAGUGCUUUCGAACAUAAUACUUCGCACGAGAUACAUUGAUGUUCACAUUGUAAUACCGUUUUUAAGGCAUCCUUGUCCAGUCUAGUUCGUAGAGAGGAGUUCUCUGGAUAGUAGCGUUGUAGUAGUCAGCAUUUACAUAACAAAUUCGCAGUAGUAACAACCAAAAAUUGUAUUUGAAUUAACGUUGUUUUUUUUUUUCAUAGAUGGACAAACACAUUGAGGAGGAUUGUCCAAAGACGAAGAUGAGGUGUGAAUUUGAAGCCAUUGGUUGUACACAUCGGGUAAGACUCUACAUAUCCAAAACCAGUUAUUAUUUGUUCCACACUUAACUGAUAAGUGUUAUCUUGUUUUUGUCCCGGGGAGGAUACUCCCUCUGACGGCCUUUACGGGGAGGCUCACUGAGGCUCAGCUUGGAAGGGGUACCUUUUUCAGACUUCAGGGUAGGGGUCACCCUGGUUAAAAUAUAUGAAAGAGUAGGUAAAUCUGUCAUUGUGGUCUUUGAAAUGAACUGAAAGGCCUGACCAAAAAGGGCAUUUUAAGGUUGUGAAUAGACUAAGAGGAGUCCCUCAUUUUCCAUCAAGGAUAGCAGAGCUAGCGAAACGCGAGCGGGCGUGAAAAUCAGCCCACUCGAGACGCGGCGGGGAGAGAGAAAAAUGAGGCGCUCUCGUUUCGCUUGCUCUACUAUCCCUAAGGGAAAAUGAGGGACUACUCGUAGUCUAGGUUGUGAAAAAGACACGAAAACUUUCUGGCUUAGUGAUUUAUUCAUCUUUGAAAGAUAGUGCAUUUACAGCAGUUAAAAGGUAUGUAGCCUAGUAUGUGAAAGGGGUACCAUUUGUCAAUGGAAGGUAUAUGAAAGGGACACCUCUUCUGUCAAGAAUGGUAUAUAAAAGGGUAAGGGGUUGGACCUCGGGCCGGAGCCUCCCGCACAAAAUCUUGUUGGGUACCUCGACGGGGUGUUGUGCAUCUUUCUUGAACUGGAUGAAUUAAAAUGGAGCUUUGGGAAUAGGCGCAAUUGUGUAACCGUUGUCUCUUGCAAUGUCCCGGUAAAGAGCUUGCUUGCUGGCUUCUUACAAAAGUACGUUGUACAUCUUUCUCUUGCAGUGCAGCCGAGAAAAACUUCCAAAGCAUUACAAAAAUAACAUGGUUGAGCACGUUAAGUCGAUCUUCAGCAAGUUAUCCCAAGAACAUGAAAGACUAGAGAAGAAUGAAAGGAUGCUUACAGAAAACGUCGACCGCAUAAAACAACUGGAUAAGCGCGUUGGAGAUCUGGAAAAAAUCGCUAACAGUCAGCUGAUCUGGCGGAUCGAGGACUACACGCGGAAGCUGAAGGAAGCGAAGGCGGGCAAUAGUGACACGCUGUUCAGUCCAACGUUUACAACCAGUAAACACGGCUACCGCCUGUGCGCCUCCGUCUGCUUGAACGGCGACGGAAAAGGCAAAGGCACGCACAUGUCUGUGUUUAUCAGUGUACUUAGAGGUGAGAGAAAUGGUUAGAAAUUACAAGGAGAUCAUUUAUAACGCUUGAUUAACAAACAGUACCGAUACAUCACGACUUUCUGUAAUAAACUAUAAGCUCAAUGUUGCGCGCCAUUACAAUUUUGCACAACUCCUACCUCUAUAACGCAGACACCUCAUUUAAAAUAUAUGGUCUCUAAGCUUUGUCCCUUUAGUUUAGCAAACAAACCUCUUUUCUGCCUGCAUCCUCUACAACGGCUCUUAAGCCCCGCGGAAAAUGAUGCAACAUUGUUGGAUGCUACAUGGUCCGUCCGUUUGCACACCCUGUUACAUGAUGUUAAGAGAUAUUAUGGAAAGUUUGAAACCGGUCAGACUUUUGACCCAACAACUCGCAAUAUUUCUUUUGUUCCGUGAUUUCCGAAGCGUAGCGCAACAAAGUUGGAUCCGUUUGCACAGCUCUUUCAACAUUGUUGGCGGGGGCCAAGCAAGCUCAUUACGCGUAGCUUCCAAAGUCUUAUGGGUUGUAUCCUUCCCACGAUGCACUGCGGGUCCCAACAUGAAUAAUCAGUUAAAUUUCUUCUCAGGAGCUUUCGACGCUUUGUUAAAAUGGCCGUUCGAUUAUCGAGUCACGUUUUACCUGCUGGAUCAAGACGACGACCACACACAUCGGAAACACAUCAAGUUCACCAUCAAACCCAACCCCUGUCCAGAGAACGAGCCAUUCCUUGGAAGACCAAAACUGGAGAAAAACGCCAGCUUUGGUGGUGCAAAGUUCGCUAAACACGAAGAAAUCGAGACCCGAAACUACCUCAAGGACGAUACCAUUUUCCUGAAAAUCGCCAUUGAAUGUGAUGGACUUAGUGAGCCAUGAAAAACAAAGCAGGUUUAGAUCUUCAGUAACAUGUAACUGGAUUUCUGUAACUCCUGUCAAUGAAGGGCCUGUGUUUCCAUAUGCGCAUGUACGGUUUUGAUUGACAUUGAAAGACUUUUAACAAAUGGCAAUCGAACAACUUAGUAACGAGUGCCACUCAAUGUUGCGUGAAGACGGUACUUCAUCGAAUGGAAACACAUACAAUUCAGCUCUUACCAACUCGCAUUCUCAUCUUUUCUGCCAACUUAAACUUUUUCCACUUUUAGCCACUACCCUUGGAAAAGCAAUGCGCUUUCGUUUUUAAAACCCCUGGAGAGAAGGGGAUACUUCAACCAUACUAAAAAGACAACCAAAUAUUCCCUGAAAACCCUCCGCAAAUGACAGAUAAUUUCUUGCAUACGAUAAUACAUGAUGAUAUAUUUGAUACGACAAGCGAAGCGCAUGCAAAGAAGCGUGUACCAGGCCCAUGAUUAUCAGUACAUAUAUUUUCUAGUUGUAUACCUAGGUAGAACAAAAUAUAGCUUAAGCCACGGUUUAACUGAAAGCUCAAUCACCUACAAAGUCCAUUUAUUGCGCAGAAGUUUCUCUGGAAGAAGUGUGAAUGGAAUGGCAAGAUUGGGUUUAUCAGUGCACAGUUUAUAGGGAAUACGAUCAUAUUAUAUUAUACUAUUGAAUCACGGUUGUGUGUUAGAAAAAAUGCAGAGGAAAUUUUUAUAUGCAGUUAU